AUGGCAGCCUCUGAACCCAGAAAACGAGUCGUUGACUCGCCCAAAGUCUGGACGACUCUGAUUACCAAUCUGAGUUAUUUGCCUGGUCUUCUCACUCUCGAUUAUUCGCUUCGCACCGCAAAGUCAAAAUACCCCCUUGUCGCCCUUUACACAGACUCAUUCCCUCCCGAGGGCCAUGUCGCCUUGAAAGCUCGCGGUAUUCCAACCCAGCAUAUUCCUUAUCUGCUCCCGACCAAAGGCAAGGACUUCUCCAAUGACCCACGCUUUUACGACUGCUGGAGCAAACUCACCCCAUUCUCUCUGACCGAAUAUGAAAGAGUGGUCCAGCUUGACUCGGAUAUGCUUGUUCUGCGCAACAUGGACGAGCUUAUGGACAUUGAGCUGGACUCUCCUUCAAUCGCUGAGACGGGCGAUAAGACUGUCAGUAAGCGUGUCUUUGCAGCAGGUCAUGCCUGUGUCUGCAACCCCCUCAAAAAGCCUCACUAUCCCAAAGACUGGGUUCCAGAGAACUGCGCCUUCACUUCACAGCACUCAAACCCGGAUAUCGCGCAGACCGAAGCUGCGGAUCCAUCAGUGGGACCAUUGGGCUUUAUGAACGGCGGCCUCCAAGUCGUCAACCCUUCUCAAGGACUUUAUGCGCAGAUCCUCGCACAUAUGGAGGCCGACGCAGUUAACAUGGACUUUGCGGAUCAGUCGCUUCUCUCAGAUCUAUAUCGCGAGCGUUGGGUUCCACUACCAUACAUUUACAAUGCGCUCAAGACGAUGAGAUGGGAGGGUGUGCAUGAUGCUAUUUGGAGAGACGAGAGCGUCAAGAACAUCCAUUACAUUCUAAGCCCUAAGCCUUGGGAUGAGAUUGACGACAAGGGCGAGUGGACGGGUAAGGAUGAGAGUCACAAGUGGUGGGUUGACGUGAACCGCGCAAGAAAAGAGUCGGAGAGGGAGAAGGGUAUUCCUGAUGAUGGUUUCUAA